UGACUAUUAAUGUAUUUUGUUUAAUUCUCUAAAAUUAUUAAAUUUAAAAUAGGAGCAAACCCGCAGUCUUGCAAAGUCAUGGCAGUGUUCAGAGACACAGACGGUGUCUAAAAGAGAGAGUCCAUUUUCAUCUCCAAUUCGAUGGUGCCAUCAUCUUCUUCUUCUUCCUCCCUUCACGCUCACAGCACCAGCAUGCUUUUUAUGUUUGCUGCUGUGUUCCUGAAUCUCUUCCACCGGAGCGAAGGAAAAAGCUGCGCCCCUUCUUCGUGCGGCGAUAUCCGCGACAUCAGUUACCCUUUCCGGCUCAGUACCGACCCUAAACACUGCGGAGAGGAGAGACAUACCCUGUUCUGUGAAAACAAUAAUGCUACAGUGCUCCAUCUCUACUCCGGAAAGUACAAUGUCCGCUCAAUCAACUACACCGUCUUCACAAUCAGUGUGUCAGAUGUCGGUGUUCGUGAAGACGAUUGCUCCUCCUUCCCAAUUUCUCCUCUCAGCGGUCGUUAUGAAUACCUGACAGACACUAUGGUCUUAGUGAGCUGCCCGAGUCCAUUGAAUUCCUCAUCUUUCAUUGCCACUUCCCCUUGCUUUAGCAGCGGAAAUUAUUCGUACCUAGCUCCUGCCAGAAAAACGCGUAUAGGGGAUUUGAAGGUUGGUUGCAGCAUAGAGAAGUCAGUUUUGGUACCUGCAGGACGAAAUUAUUCAUCGUAUGAAGAGAUUCAUCGAGAUCUUUUUUCUGGCUUUGAUCUCUACUGGCAUCGUGCAGGAAAGUACAAUGGAUGUUCAAUUUCAAGAGAUACACUACUCAAAUUAUAUUUUUUUAUGUUUUUCUUAUAUCUACCUUGUGUUACCUUUUUGUCAUAACAGCUGCCCCUUCACAUUAUGUAUAUAUGUGUGAAAUUUACCACUUCUUGAGGAUUCAUCACGGUUCAUGCAGGCAAGUUGGUGAGUAUGCUAGGAGGUUUCCUUUGAGACUCAAAUUUUAUAGCAUUCAUCACAGGAUCAUUCAAAUUAAUCAGCCAAAACAUUUGAUCUAGCUUCAUCAUUGCUAUUUAAUUGCUGACAAUGAUUAUGCUCUUAAGCAUAUAUGCCUAAUCUUAUUUCAGUUUCUCAUAGUUCUGCUCCUAAACUUUUUUUUCUCCCUCGCUGACCCGAUGAAGAUGCUAGAAACAUUCGUGACGUUGUCGUCCAGAUAUUGCAUACUUUAAAGGGGUCCAGUUUGGAUAUAAUCUAUCUGAUUGGUCUCCUUCAAGCAACAAAGGCAUCAAUAGGCGCUCCAUUUAUGAUUGCAUUGCUGAUCUACGCAUGGCGAAGGAGACAUUUAUCAGCUUACGACAAAGUAGAAGACUUCCUGAAGAACCAUAACAACCUCAUGCCUAUAAGGUAUUCUUACGCGGAGAUUAAGAAGAUGACAGGGGGGUUUAAGGAGACGUUAGGAAAAGGAGGCUUCGGUGCAGUAUUUAAAGGAAAGCUCCGUAGUGGUCAUUUUGCUGCUGUAAAAAUGUUAGUGAACUCGAAAUGUAACGGAGAAGAUUUCAUUAGCGAAGUUGCAACCAUUGAAAGAAUUCAUCAUGUUAAUGUGGUGCAACUGAUUGGUUUUUGUGUGGAGGGGUGUAAGCGCGCUCUUGUGUAUGAAUUCAUGCCAAAUGGCUCUCUUGAUAAAUAUUUGUUGUCUCAAGAAGGAUUGACCUCAACAAUGACUUGGGAGGAAAUGUUUCGGAUCUCUGUGGGGAUUGCUCGUGGCAUUCAGUAUCUACAUCAAGGCUGUGAUAUGCAAAUACUUCAUUUUGAUAUCAAGCCCCAUAACAUUCUCCUUGAUGAAAAUUUCACCCCAAAAGUAUCAGAUUUUGGGCUCGCAAGGUUGUACUCAAAGGCAAACAACACCAUUGCAACUUUGACUGCAGCUAGGGGGACGAUUGGAUACAUGGCACCAGAACUGUUCUAUAAGAAUAUUGGACGUGUCUCGUACAAAGCAGACGUUUAUAGCUUCGGGAUGCUAUUAUUAGAUAUGGCUGGAAAGCGGAAUAAAUUGAAUUUAUCAACAAACGAUUCAAGCCAGUACUUCCCAGAAUGGGUUUACAACCAAGUUUCUGAUGGAAGAAAUGGAGAGAUUGGAGGCACUACAGAGGAGGAAAAUAAAAUAGCUAAAAAGAUUGUUAUGGUGGGGUUGUGGUGUAUUGAGAUGAAUCCUUGUAACCGACCAUCCAUGAACAAAGUUGUUGACAUGCUCAAUGGUGACGUGGACGGUCUGCAGUUGCCUCCUAGAGAUUUUUCAGAACCUAUAGAAGCAUGUGGCAACGAUGAAACAGAUACGUCUUUCGACUAUUCCAUAGAUUCGACCAGUUUGAUCUCGAAUUUUAAGUUGGUUAGUGGUAGUACAUGAACUACCGUAUAGUACUUCGGAAACAAUUGGUUUUAUUGCAAUGUGAUGCAUGUUAUGAAAUACUCAGUGAUAUAAUGUUAUGCAUGCACUAAUAUAACUCUACUAUUCUGUUAGAGUUCUUUCGGUGCUGUGGCGGAUCUAGCAUUUCGUUUUGGAUAUCCAAAAGUUU